AUGGAUUUUAAUGAAUGUUUCAUUCAUCCAAAGUCAUUCUCUUUAGACCCUAACAUUUAUACAGAACUUGUAGAACAUUAUACAAACGAGGCUUUAUGUUUUCCUGUUAAAGUUAUGGAUUGGAUUCCUAUGGACGGUUCAUUCUCAAAGAAUACAGAUAGUUCAAGUGCAACAUUUACAGCAGCUUAUACGCCUAUUAAUGUUAAAAGUAUUUGGGCACUAUUUAGAAAGAAAGACAACUAUUAUGUUAAUUUUGAGAACCCUAAGUUUAAAUAUCUUCAGCUUUCCAUGGGAGCUUAUGGAAAUAUGCCUGCAGAACCUGAAAAAUCAUAUGGACCUGUAUUUUAUGAAAUGGUUGCGAACGCUUGCAAUACAAACAAUGAUAUGAUAGGAUUUAAUGAAGAUGUUAUGAGGUCAUUGGUGGAUGAUGGUAGUGUGGAACAUAAAUGGGAUAGCUAUGACAACACACAUUUCUUAUGUGGUUUUCCAACAGAAGUGGACUUUUGCUUCCAACAAGGUCAAACAUCUACUGCUCCAAUAACAUACAAAUUGUCUGUUAAAGGACCUAUUGAACUAGCAACUGAAAACGUACCAAAGCCACUUAUUGGAUUUAUGAGGGAUUGUUGCUUUGCCAUUCAGGUGCGUGCUAAUGGCAUCCCCAUAAUAAGAUUAGAUGACUAUAACUUAGCACGGACGACAGUGAGGAAUAA